AUGGAGUCCAACCGGCGCUUCCUCCGGCAAGAACAGGCGGAAACCAACACACUCUUCGACAAGGUCGAAGCGAAGAUGGAGGUAGAGGCAGAGGAGGAGCCAGAGUUGCAUCUGCGCCCAUUACCCACCGACACUCCCCCCCAUGAAAUAUCCCCCCUCUCCCCCGAUUGGAUCGGGAUCGAGGAGGAGGCCAUCGCCGUCGCGCUCGACACCGCCGCCGCCUGGACGUCGCCGGAGCACUUCCCCGCCGGCCCGCUUCCCCUCCUCCCCUGCGCCGGUCGUCCCCGUCGCUCCUCCCCGCGCUCACUGCCCAGACCCCGCCACCCCGCCCCCCGUGAGGACCCCCCUCCUUCUCCUCUUCCCCACGCCCCGCCGGUGCGUGCCCGCACGCGCCCGCCGUGGCCAUGUCCGGCCACUGCGCACGCCCCGCCACCGCACCUCCUCCCGCAGCUCCGCCCGGCCUCACCCCGUUCGGCCCCGUCGCGCACACCCGCACCUGGCCGCCAGCCCGCGCCCCCGCGGCCCCCUCCUUCGCUCUGGACGCCGAGGCCUGCGCCCGUCGUGGCCUCACCCCGGCCGCCCCCUGUCCCGUCGCUGCGGCCUCCUUCCCCCACCGUGGCUCGCACCUGCCAUAGCCGCCCGCACCUCCCGACCGCGGGCCGCGCGCGCCACAACCGCGCCGGCCGCGUCGUCGCUCCCCUUGGCUCGCAUCCCCCUGCGCGCUCGGGCUUCCCCGCUGCUCGCCUCGGGCCUCUGUCGCGGCACCUCCCCUGGUCGCCGCCCGGCUACCCUCCGCCCCGCCGCGUUUGCUCCGGCCGGCCAUGCCCGCCGGGCCGUGUCGACUCCGCCCACCGUUGCCACGGCUCGCCCCCACCGUGCCUCGCCGGCGCGCGCUGGUGCGUCCCCUCGCCCGUGGCCUCGGGCAUGGGCGCCCACGGCCACGCCCGUAACCCCGCGCGCCCGCUAAGGCCCCUGGCCCAAUGA